GGAUUUUUUUUGAAAAUGUAGACUAAGGCUUUCUCCAAUUAGACAUCUGUCUGGCGACGAUGCGUGGUCGUCCUCCAGGUCGAUAAUCGCGUUACCGUCAGUCUUGGUGCGGUAACCGUAAAGACGCACGCUCGAAGACAGUUGCAAAUUUCGCAGCCUCAGAGAACCCGAAUUACUGCAAAGUUUAUUGAGCUGCUUGCUCAAAGUAUGUAAUAUCUGGUGAUCAAGUACCAUUGAUUGAUUUUCACCGUCGUUGGUGAGAGACCUGGUGGUUUAGUGAUCAUCAGGUGCCACGAGCUCGAGCGUUGAUUGAAGAGCUCGUGUGAAAUGCUGCGGGGUCUCUCUCCAUGGUCCGCGCUCCGCAAUGGUAUCGAGCCGUUUCUUCCCGCUGGGCCAUUCAUACAACACGAGCUGUAUAGUGUACUUUGCAUUCACUCAUUGCUGAAUUCUGGACGCGGACCGAGAGCACUAAUUCAAGUAAACUAGUAACUUUGAUUAUUGAACGUAUCACCACAGACAACCAUGGCUGAUAAAGUAGCUUCGCCAGCAGCACCUGCAAGCACUGGAGCAAACAAUUCCGAGGCUCAGCCAGCGCCGGCCAAAAAAGUUGCCGCAACAUCGAAGGCGAAGCCUCGUGCUAAGCCGGCACAUCCACGCACUUCGGAAAUGGUGAACGCAGCGAUUACGAACCUCAAGGAACGAGGCGGCUCCUCGCUCCAAGCGAUAAAGAAAUAUAUAGUCUCAACGUAUAUGGUAGACGCUGAGAAGCAGGCACCCUUUAUAAAGAGAUAUUUGAAGUCUGCUGUGACCACAGGAAUUCUGACGCAGACAAAAGGCAAGGGUGCCUCAGGUUCGUUUAAAAUGGCCGCAGCAAAUCCCGAAGCCCCGAAGACGAAAGCGAAGGCGAAGCCGAAAUCUGCCGCACCAAAAUCGGCUGCACCGAAAAAGAAGCCAGCGGUAGCCGCCUCAGCUGUUGCCCCAACUAAAAAACCACGAGCACCAAAGAAGGCUCCUGCUGCAAAGAAAUCUGGUGGAGCUGCAACGGAAAAACCCGCAAAAACACCAAAGAGUCCGACUGUCAAGGCGGCCAAACCGAAGAGCCCAUCCAAGGCGAAAAAGGCUGCUAAAGCGCCGACGAGCAAGCCAAAGGCCCCAAAACCAAAGAAAGCCGCUACGGCAGCAGCUGCCCCAAAAGCCGUUAAACCUGCUACCAAAAAACCAGCUGCCACGAAAAAAAAGUGAGCGCGCACAACAAUGACUUCAUCCGCAUUAGUAGCUGAAAGAGAAACACAAACGGCCCUUGUAAGGGCCACAAAUCCAUUCUUUUGCAAAUGAACUGGUUCCGAACUGCAGCUGAAUAAAAUUUGAUAUAG